AUGAACACAGACUUACCAAGCUCCGGGCCCUCUGGGGAGCCUAACAGGAAGGGAUCCGUCAAGCGGGCCAGACAGAUGCUGGAUGCCGGCGUGCGUCCAGAACGAGCCUCGCCACCCCAGCAGAUGAGACAUCCGCCUGUCCCCGGCAAUAUCCCCAAUCAAUCACAAUGGCCUCUUCCUGAUUCGGGCCUCCCAUCAAACCCGAGCAAUCAACGUCCUGGGUAUUUUCCUCCGCGUGGUCCUCCCCGCGGUCCUCCGCCACGGAGACCACCUCAUCCCAGUGAAAUCCAGUCUAUUUACUCGGAACGGAAUGGGCAAGUCCCAGAAAAGAGAUUGGAUCCGAACCAAAGACCUCCUCGCUCCUUCUCACAACUUCAGCCGCCUCCACUAGCGCAGUCGCGCCGGCCGAUAAAUGAUGCCCCUGCCAGUCCCGCCAGCACAAUCGACAUGACUCCUCGAAUAUCGAUUGCAACGGAUGAUUUGUUCAGACAGUCUGUGGCUUCGUCGACACCGUCUGUCCCCGAUGUACCCCGAUUUCCGCCUACUGUUCCGAUUGAAUCCGGUCUUUCCCCGGAUGACCCCAGAAGCCGGACUGCAGGUCUGGUGGCACCGCCCAAUGUGCGUCGGCCUCGGGGUCGUCAAUCAUCUGUUUCGCCUAUUCCAGAAGAAUUUGCCGACUCUCGCUUAACAAAAUGCUCCGUCGCAUCGAGCCGAGCCAUCCCCUCGAGUUGGGGAUCCGGUCCUGCUGAAUCUGAGAUUCUAGGAGCAUAUCUCGACAUUGAUUCUGACGAUGACCAGCGCUCACCGGGCUUGCAAGAGGAUGAUACGAGGCUUGUUCGAAAUGCCAGUAUCGGAAAGCGAGGAAAGCCGACGAUGCGUACUAUCCUCAAGUCUAAUCCUGUUUCUGUCGUAGACAUGCCAGCACCCACCCCGGAGGAGUCCACCAAGGGCACAGUAGCACGAUCUUUGGGAAUGGGAGCUGCAAGUCAGAUGCCCUAUCCACCAAGUCGAUUACGAAAGUCGUCUACUUCUACAGCAUCGAAUGAAUCACUAGAAGGCCCGGACCCUGAAAAGCCUCCCGUUAUGCAGCAGUACGACUCGCCCUCCGAAGCACGGCUCGAGAAAGAGCUCGAGGCCUUUGGAGACCUACCUCAAGCUGCACCAACGAUGAGUGACAACAGGCCUGGCGGUCGCAAGCCUCCUGCUCUGAAUAUGCAUGCAUUGCGGGAUGCAGAGGCUCGUGGGAGCCUUUCCAGCCUAACUGAUUUGAUCCGAAGGGCGACAAAGCUCGCAACGAACCUAGAUCAUGGGAGAACUGCCAGCCGAGCUGAUCUGGCCGGUGGUGGCGAGGCAGAGUUUAGGGCUGGGAAAGGGAGCCGAAAACGCAACUCCGGCUCUAUAUCGGAUAUGCUCGCCUCGUUCCCCCCGCCUGGUUUGGCCACGCCUGAAGGCCGCGCCUCAUGGCCCGUUUUCUUUGGACGCUCGAACUUGCGUAAUGUUGAGCAACUUAACUCCAGUGACGACGACCCGAAUGCCCCCCGACGUAGGAAGAUGUGCUGUGGAAUGCCUCGGAAAAUCUUCAUACUCAUCUGCAUCGCACUCUUCAUUGUCGUCAUCCUCGCGGUUCUUCUCCCUGUGUUCCUUGUCGCCGUGCCUCGCGAGAAAGCAAACUCAACCUGCGCCGAAAAGAACCCUUGUGAGAACGGAGGCGUGAGCGUCUCAGGGGGCACCGAGUGCUCAUGCGUUUGUUCGAACGGUUAUACUGGCUCACAAUGCAAUAUUGCGGGCGAUGGUAGCUGCACCACCGCGCUGAUAGAUAACGGAUCGAACGCGACUAUGGGCAGUGCACUCCCUGCUCUGUUCGAGCAAUCCAAGGAGAAAUUCGGCAUCACCCUCGACCCGGUCACGAUCAUGGCUCUCUUCAGCAUGAACGACGUCUCCUGCAAGACCGAGAACGCGCUCGUGGCUUUCAGCGAUGUCACAAGUGAGAACACAAAUAAGGCUCGCCGAUCUGUACAACUGAUAGCCGACUCGGUCCCAUCCGUCCCUACAAGCGACCCAACACCAGUCCUAGCUGUCCGUUCCGAGGCCACUAUGAACGGUAUCCUAUACGAUGACUCGGGGGCAAACGAGUCAGCUACGGCUACACCCAAACCCACUCAAACCGAGUUAGCAACGAGCAGCUCCACCAACGUCGGUAUUCAAUCCACUUCCACUGAGGCAAAUGCGUCUAAGUCCACUGCCACCGGUGUCCCCGAGCAUGUUGUUGGGUUCUCUCGGAUUGCGGUGUUAUAUAUUCUGCAGAAGACAGGUUCCCUUGACUCGGCUCUAUCCUCGGAGGAGGACAUCCAAGGAUACCUGCUCGAUUCCUAUGCGAACACGACUCAUCCAUCUAUGAGGGUGGGAUCGUUUGAUGUGGAUUUUGAGAAAUUGACCAUCACGCUUCCCAAUAGCACGGUGAAGGCUGAGUGA